AUGCAACGGAGGCGAAAAACAACAAAAGAGGAGCGUGUCUGCUCUAUCUGCUCACAGCGAUUUGCCAAAGCAGAACAUCUCCAUCGCCAUGUCAGGUCGCAUACAAAGGAGAAGCCGUUCACAUGCCCUGUAUGCGACAAGAGGUUCACCAGGCAGGAUACGCUUCUGCGACAUUCCAGAUCACACCAAACUCCCCAACAUACGCUCACGGAGGAGACGUCACAGUCUCCAGGGACACAGGAUGGCGAUAGUAUCAUGAUGGAAACAAUUCACAUAUCUGAUACACAACAGGAGCCAGUCCUUCCAGCACCUCAACAUAACACUACAAACAGCAUCACCGCCUCAUCAUUAGAAAGUGGAAUUGAUGAACCGAUUACGACCGGAGAUACCUCCAUAGACAAUAUGUUCCUCAACGACGACUUAAUGGCCCUCGCGGAGCAACAAUACUCCUGGCUACCGCAAUGGGACGCCGAAAUCAAUCUCAGGACAGACUGGUUAGCAGAACUUACCAGAGAUCAGUCUAAUCAGAAUUGGCUGGCACCUCCCAUGCUGGAUUCAGUCACAGAAGCCAGGCCAUACUCUCCAGGGCUUAGUCAACCAGCUUCCAGUCAGAUACCUGCAGUUACUGAACCAACAUCAACAAGCAAACCCGAAAAUUGUACCAAUAGUAAAAAGUCGGUGCAGAGGAGAUGGCACACGAAUACGGAUCUUGUAUCCUCUGGAGAGGAUACUCCAGACGCCUCGAGUGAUGUUGAUCAAAUUGAUGAAGCGUGUCAUCGAACACUCGCGGAUAAGUUACGCCUGCCAAUCCAAGAUGGGCCCGUUCCGUCGAUAGCAUUUCUCAAUCUCGCCAUACAAGCAUACUUCUCAAACUUCCAGCCUAUCUUCCCCAUUAUACACGCGCAUUCAUUUCGUCCUCAUAGCGAGAGUGGCAUCUUGAUUCUCUCGAUAUGCUCAUGGGAUACAUAUCUGGCAAAUCCACGGCGAAGCAAUGCAAAUAUGUUCGGCAUUCAAGCGGCCGUCAUAGGGCAGAUGUUCGGUUUACUCAUGGGGCGACCAAAAUUUCUUGUUCAGGUCGACAUGUUUCACGGUACUUGCAUUGCAUGGACUCGAUAUCUCAAGCUAUCGCAAGCGCAAGCGCAAGAGCCAGAGCUGAAUCCUACUCAGCUUAAACACCUUGAUGGGCAGGAGUUGGAGGCGGCGUGGAGAAGAUGGGCAAAGGGAGAAGAGAGGAAACGCCUUAUGCUCGCACUUCUGUUACAGGACGCUGAGAUCGCUUCCUUGCUUCAUCACGAUCCAUUGGUACGAUACUCGGUUGAUUCGAUACCUGGGACAGCCUCUAAGGAAGCAUUUUGCGCACCUGACGCCAAAUCAUGGAAGACUGUCAUGAUAAACGAAGCAUCAUCGUCUUCCAUGCUUGAGAGACAUACAAGCCAAGAUGGUGCCACGCAGUCAAGCCUUCCUCUUGUUUCCAACGACUUUGAGCUGUUGGUCAUGCUACGAUGCAUUGGCGCUCUCCCUUUACUCCAGCAAAACCUGUCAGCAUUACAAAAUGGUACAAGUCAGUGUCAUGACGCUCUAAUCUCGUGGUACAAGCGAUACCGAGCUUGCAUUGCCUUUAAAAAGCAGGAACCUGGUUUAAUGAUGCUUUGGCACUCUAUGUUUAUGCUCUCCCGUAUGAAUCUUGAUAUUCUGGAAUGUUUCUGUGGACGUGAAGGUCCAGCAAUUUCUGAGACGUAUCGCGAAACAGUGAAAAGCUGGGCGAACUCUGAUAAUGGUAUGCUCUGUGCUAUUCAUGCUCUGCUUGUCAUCAAACAUUUUGAGCGUUUACCUAUUGGCUCAGAGCCUCCCAUUAAUUCUGGUCUUUGUCUGUACCGUUGUGGCAUUGCCUGGUACUGCUAUAUUACAUUGGCGGACAAGACAGCAUUACGCGCCCGUCAAGACCCGAGGAUUCCUGAACUACAGGUUGUCGGCAGUACUGGUGGGUUCUCUUUGCUUCAGAACGCUGCAUUGAAGGAUGUCAAGGUCGGGGCUAGUCUACUAUUCAGGAUCAUCCAUCUGUUACAGCGAGCCAGUCACUGGCAAUUAAGCCGUAAUCUGGCUUCAACACUACUUUCACUUGUAGAGGACGAGACGGAGGUUUUCUGA